UCUGACUAUGUCUCCGACUCCUCCUUGGGGAAGGCACCUCCUGUCAGCCCUCCCCUCUGCUGGAGGAGUCGCUCUGGUUUUCCUAUCUACAUCAGUGACAUUUCAACCUGGUGACUAAAGCUGUCUGCACCGUGCGGAGUUGGGCUCUGUGAUUUUUAAAUGUGUAUGGUUAUAUUUGCUCCGAUUUUUGCCAUCUGUGCUUUUGCAACAUGUGGAGGAUACUAUGGUCAUCUCCAGGUUAAAGUGGACUGUGCAGACAGGAGGCAGAAUAACCGCAGCAUCAACAUUGAUUUCGGGUAUCCUUUCAGAUUACAGCAAGCGCAUUUUAAAGCUCCUUUGUGCAAAGAGAACAGAGAUGAGAUUAUUUUCCUGGAAGGUGACUUCUCCCCAGCUGCCCAAUACUUCAUCACUGUGGGUGUCUUUGCUUUCCUGUACUCGCUGUUGGCAACGAUUGUCUAUGUCUUCUACCAGAACAAGUACUUGAAGAACAACAGAGGUCCACUUGUGGACUUUGUUGUUACGAUCAUCUUCUCCUUCAUGUGGUUGGUCAGCAGUUGUUGUUGGGCCAAAACUCUUUCUGAUAUAAAGACAGCCACCAACCCAACACAGGUGCUUCUUCUCAUCACUUCCUGCAGAGCUCAGGAAAACAAAUGCACAGCUACAGAGGAGCCUCUCUGGUCACGUCUUAACACAUCUGUGGUCUUUGGCUUUGUUAAUGUUGUCCUCUGGUCUGGGAAUAUUUGGUUUGUCUUCAAAGAGACAGGCUGGUACAAGACUGGACAGAGAUAUCCGACCAGGAGUGCGUCUGGGAAACGCUCAGGUUCAAUGCGACAGCGGCUCUACAGCGAGAGCAGCUUCGACCAGCCAGAGGAGAACUCUGCUCCCUCUAGACAAAACAGUUUCAAUCUGUCAAAGGGAGACUUUGAUCACCAGUUGCAGAGGCAAGCUAGCAUCAACCAGUCACAGGUAAGCUUCAGCUUACCACAGACAUAUCUUGGUAAACCAGUAAUUUAUGACAGAGAAGAUAAAGUGGCUUCUCAAGGUCCAAUGAUAUUUGUCAAUGAGAUGUGACUUAGAGUUUGAUCAUGCACAUGCACGUAGAGAACUGAAUGAAAAUGUGCUACUGCUGUUUUGAGUUUGUGAAAAUGACAUGAUUGCUGACUAAAUGUAACUCUGAAGGGUUUGGAUCACAAUGUAGUUUAUCCUCUACAUAAACUUAUACGCUUAUGAUUGCUCAAGAAUACUGUUUCUGAGAUCUCUGGGUCCUUUUGCGUGUUUUACUGUGCGUUUUCUAUUUUCCUUUUAUUUUCUGUGGACAAUAUUUUUUGCGGGGGACUAAGUUUAAUCUAAAUCUAAUUUAAACUCUGCAUUUCCAGAAAACAAUUAAAAUAACCUUUCACAGUUACACUGAGAAAGGAUCCGGUUGCUUUAGCGUUAUCAUUCUGGGGCUUUGAGUUGUUCAUACAGAAAUGAUUUUACUUCACAAACUGUAUAAGUGCUUGAUCUUACCUUUAAAUGACAAAACACAUCACACUACAGUGCUCUCUAAUAUGUAAUAUGGAAAUAUGUUGUAUCAGUGGACAAAUACAUGUAACCAGUGUGUGAGCAUUCUCCCAUGAAUAUUUAAUGUUUGACUGUUCUGCAUAAUUGAUUCUGUUUGUUAUUAGCACUGCAGUGUCUCUAUUUGAACAUUUUUAAUGAGUAUUAAUAGAUGUGUGCUUCUGUAAAUGCAUGCAUAGUCACCUUUUGACGUAGUUAUAUCAAAGCUGAAUACUUCCUUUAUAUAUCCCUUCCAAUAAAUCAGUAUAAUUUUCAUGUUAAAAUCAUACUGUUAACAUGAAACAGGCUUAAGUGUAUUUUACCUGCUUGUGCUUGUAUGUGCUUAUGGGAUAAUCAGCCUAUUUAAUGUUUUUAAUAUCAGUGUUGCACUGCAUAUUCUUCAGUUAUAUUGUUGAUUUUUUAGGUAGUCACAGUUUAUUCACGGUGUAUUCUGUGGUUACUUUGUUCAGUAAAAGAUGCCAAUCUCUAUGUUUCCAUUAAAAAAGAAACAAAACAAAGGACACUGAAAGUGAGGAAAUACUAAAAAACUAAUGGAGAUAUUUCCAAAGGAAAUAAUUAGUGAACGCUGUUAUGAGAACACCAAAGCAAAGCGUUGCUCACACUGUGUAUCAGGAUUAACUCAAGUGCAAAGCCCAAAGGGAUAAUCCCUCAGGGUAUCUGUUUCAUCCUAUUUGAGACAAUUAACAAAAUGCUAACUAAUACUUAAAACCGCUUAACCUGUUUGACUACACAGGUUUGGUCCUUGGAACCAAGUCGCUGCAAAGACAGAGUGAUAUACAUGCAUGAUGGCACAAGCAUUAUCGGCCAGUGCAUGUCAGUUUAAAUAAAAUCAUGAAGAUGAACACGACUGUACAAACUGUGCAAACAACUGUGCUCCUGUGGUUGUAGCAUGAAACCCAAACAGUUUUCAUGUAACUUGAAAGUCUAUAAGACACCACAGAAAUUAUUUUAACUUGUGAACUUUACACAUAACUUUACAGCCUGUUAUUGUGUUAAAUUUAUAUACUACUACUACUUCUACCGCUACAGUUAUUAUUAUAAUCAUUAUCAUCAUAAUUACUAUCGUAUGAACAGUAUUUACAAAUAUCCUUAAAUUAAAGAAUUUACUCAAAUAGUACUAUGACAGCACAGCAGUUACAGUGCUGAUAAUAGAAAGUGUUUGUCCCCUCCCUGAUGUCUUAGUUUUUUUUUAAAUCUAUUUGACACACUUACAAGUUUCAGAUCAUCAAAAUAAAAAAUUACAUUAGUAGUUGCCACUCUCCUUGUUAAAUCAUUAUUUAACUGUGAUUAACUUCCUUUUUAAAAGGCGGUGAGAGUCAUUAUCCACAAAUGAAAAAAAGACAUCAAGAAAACUAACACAAGCGUGAACCUUCCUCGGAGUCAUUUUCCUACCAAAAUAAUUCCAGCAGUGCCUCCGUGACUUAUCCAGGAAGUCAUAAAAGAAUGGCUCAAAAAAACAAAAUUAAAGUUUUGAAGGUACCCAGUCAAAACCCAGACUUAAAUUCAAUUGAAUUACUUUAGCAGCACGGUGGCAUGGUGGUUUGUACUCUCUCACAGCAAGGAAGUCCUGAGUUCAACUCCACCAUCUGGCUGGGCUCUUUCUGUGUGGAGUUUAAAUGUUCACUUGGCUUCCACCCACAGUCCACAGACGCGCAGUUAGUGGAGUUAAAGGUGAUUCUAAGUCGCUCGAAGGUGUAAGUGUGAAUGGUUGACAGUCUCUCUAUGUUGGCCCUGCAACAGAUUGGUGACCUCAUGAAUAAGAAGAGGAGAAUGGAUGGAUGGAUACUUUAGCAUGACCUUAAACAGGGUAUUCAUGCUUGAGCUUCCUGCAGUUUAAACCUCCUGCAGUAUGACUGAAAUAAAACAAUUCUGCAGUGAAAAGUGGGCCAAAGCUCCUCCACAGGGAUGUUAUACUGCAGACUCAUUGCUAUAUUUUAUCUUAUUUUAUAUUAUCUCAAGCACUUGUUUGCAGUUCUUGCUGUCAAGGAUGGCACAGCCAUUUAUUAGAUUUAAGGAGUUGUAUUUAGGUUUACUUUUUCACGCAGGGCUAGGUAGAUCUGAACAUUUAAAUGAAAUCUUAAUUUAAAAACUGCAUUUUGUUUUCACUCAAAUUAUAUUUUUCUAAUAUUGCAAUUUGUUUGAUGAUCUGAAACAUUCAAGUGUGAGAAAUAUACAAUUUUUUGAUGUUUUUAUUUUGUUUGUUUUUGAUUAGUUACACCUGUAUUACUGCUUAUUAAUACCAAUUUCUAAUCAACCAAUCACAUGGCAGCAACUCAGUGCAUUUAGGUACACAGACAUGGUCAAGACGACCUCCUGAAGUUCAAACCGAGCAUCAGAAUGGACAAUAAAGGUGAUUUAAGUGACUUUGAACACAGCACAGUUGUUGGUGUAUGAGUAUUUCAAAAACUGAUGAUCUACUGGGAUUUUCCUACAAGGUCACUUGUACUGUUUAUAGAGAAUGAUCCAAAAAAGAGAAACUAUCCAGUGACCAUCAGUUCUGGGUGAAAAGAAGGAGAAUGGCUGGACUGCUUCAAGCUGAUAGGAAAACUGUAACUCAGAUAACAACCAAGGUAUGCAGAAGAGCAUCUGUCAAAGCGCACCACAUCAAACCUUAAAGCAGAAGAAGACCACAUUGGGUUCCACUCCUGUCAGCUAACAGCAGAAAACUGAGGCUACAAUUCUCACAGGCUCACCAAAAUAACAAAAGUUGGACAACAGAAAAUUGAAAAACAUAGUCGGAUCUGAUCAGUCUAAAUUUCUACUGUGACAUUUGGAUAGUAGGGUCAGAAUUUGAUGUAAACCAGAUGAAAGCAUGGCUUCCUGCCUUGUACCAAUGUUUAAGCUGAUAUAUGUUUUUAAUUAUACAUGUAAAUUGAAAAAUACAAUACACAUGUCUGUAAAUCUGCUGGAUUUGUGCAAGAAUUGAAUCCAACAAAUGUACUAGAGUUUUGUUAUGCAUGUACAAUAUGAUCAAGUGACUUGUUUAUAGUUUAUCUUAAUCUGAAGGAUUUAACUUUGGGAUGCAUGUUAUGUGCUGGCAAAGACACAGGCUUUUCUGUUCAUUUUAAUUUUAUGAAUGGUUCAUCUCAGUUGUUGCUGUGCAUAUUCUUCAAUGAUAGUGUGAUUAUGGGUGACAUAUGCCAAAGUGAGUGUAUACCAUUAUUAGGUUGUGUAGAAAGAAAUACCACCCACUAAUUUCAAUGAAAAAGUAUAUAAGUAAAAGAAACUAAAAAAGUAGUAAAUACUAAAAAAUACUGAAAGCAAUCAAAAAUGGGGAACCGGUAUAGUGAAUCACUAAUGAAUACUGAUUUAAAGAAGCAUGACUCACACUGUGAAUGGAAUCAUCUCAUCUGCAAAUCCUGAUGGAAUAAUCUUUUCGAUAUCAGUUUCAUAUGUUUAAGGUGGUAAUAAUACUAAUACCUAAAAUGUCUUACCACUCAGACCAUAAACUGUUCAUGACCUUGAGUUGGUAGCUGUUGGUUGAGCUGAUUUGUGUACAUGUUCACCAAUAUAAAUGUCAGCAGUUCAUAAUGCUAUAUUAAUAAUCCACUUUUGAUUUUAAAGUCAUUUCCAUGUCACCUAAGUAAAUUCUUAUUGUUAUAAGUAAGCCACUACAGGCGGAAUAAAUAUUCUUCACUGAAUGAUAA